AUGAUGAUGACUCAAAGAUUUCAAAUUAUCAAAGACAAUGAUGAUUCUCGAGACGAUAGUGCAGCUCGUAUAAUGAUGUUACAUGUGUUCGACUUGGAUAUACGCGACGUUGCUGAAGAAAUAAAUCGACUUAACGAAAUCAGCUGGCCUGAUAAACGUAUUAACAAAUCGUCGAUUAUAACACUUUUACGCAGUGCUGAGAACUACGACGAAAACGAUGACAAUACCUCCACGACACCGUCAGCUAAAUCCAAAAGCGACGAAUGGACUAUGGAAGACGAUAUGGCUGCCGUUUAUGCUUUAGAAAAUUUUGAUUUAGCUUUGGUUGAUUUAAGGCGUUACUUUCAUUAUGAUGAUUGCCUUCUACACGUUUUGCAAUGUGGUACGGAUGAAAGUGAUCUAUCACAAAUACCCAACCUUUUAUUGAGCUCUACAACAGAUCCCACAUUUUCAAGGAACAAACUAUGGAAAGAAGUUAAAAAAACAGAAGGAGCAGAAGAUGCUCUUCGAAGCCAUCACGACAGUCCGGAUGGGUGGAAAGUAACACAAGUCGUCGGUACCGUUACUAGAUUGGCCCAACUAAGUUUUGGCAAUAGAGGCGAGGGCAGAAUUGCUGCUGUGCCAAAUAAUAACAAUACUGAGCGAGUACUGGUACAUGUUGGUAGUCAUAACAGUUAUGAGACUUAUCGAGGCAGGGCACAUCAAGGUAUAAUUGCAGCAUUUAAUGGAUCAGAAGAACGACGACGACGAAACGAUCUAACAUUAUUUGAAUGGUUAAGAGAAGCCGAUGAUGUGUUCGAUGUGAGCACUCGUUUCGCAGAGCAAUAA